GUAAGCGCAUUAAGUGCACUUGCAGCUCGUCGGCGCUUGGUGGCCAACACACCGGCUAAAGAGCCCAGCUCAUCUCCUGAACCUGAAGACACAGCGUCAGCCAGAACCAACUCCUUUAGUGUCCUACAAACAUUGAAGCGCCAAAAUGAACCUCCAAAGUCUCCCAAGAAGAACGGGUCAAGGGGGGCGCUCAAUCGUGGUGAAAUAAGAGCUUCCACCUCGCAGGGUGGUAAGAUCAGCGAUCCAUCUACCCCAGAAGCAAAUCUCUCGGGUUCUCGAAUCAUGUACUCGUCCUUCUUGCUGAGUAAAAACAACUGCCGCACAACACCAAAGGGCACCGUCGCUUUGAAGCUCAAAGACAGUGAGCGAUUUCUUGUCAUAGGAAGCUUUGGAAUUAAAGUCAUCGCUGGCGAGGUGACUGUCUUUGGAGCCACUCUUCAGCCAUCGGAUAACAUACACUGGAUUCACGCCCCUCACUGUCAUGCUAUUCCCGUCAUCAGAACUUCCGAGAAGGCCAGCCUGGAACUUCACAACGACCCAAAUGCGGACGGUUUGCGGCGGUUAAGUCGUCUAUCCCCUCUUUUCAGAGGCAUAUGGGGUGAAUCAAAGGAUGACUCUACGGAGAACAGCCUAGGAAAGGGGCGAACUUUCCAGAUUGUAUGCAGUUCUGAUGAUGCCCCUAAGAAGUGCGUCAUACAAGAACUCUCAUCUCCUCCAGCAUGGAACAAGAAGCUGGCCGAUCUCGUGUCCGUAGCCAAGGGCGGUCCUUUCACGACGCUUGUAUGCGGCCCCAAGUCUGCCGGCAAGUCAACCUUCUCCAAGAUGCUCGCAAACCGCCUCUUGACGAGCGAGGCAACUCGGACAGGCACUCAUGGUGUCGCCGUUCUUGAUCUGGAUCCAGGCCAGCCCGAGUAUGCACCUUGUGGGACAAUAUCUCUUGUUCAUGUCACACGACCCAACCUGAGCGCCGCCUUUACGCAUCCAAAUCUUGACGAUGAAUGCUACAAAGUCAUUCGGUGUCAUGCUUUGGCGUCCAUGACACCAGCUGCAGCCCCGGAACACUACUUGGAGUGCGUGCUGGAUCUUCUCGACUAUUAUCGAAGACUGCUGCGCAAUUGCCAUCUUCUCAUCAACACUCCAGGUUGGAUUCUGGGCACUGGACAGGAUCUGCUCGUUGACAUCAUCUCUCGAGUCAACCCUCCGGAAGUGAUUUACAUGUCUGAAGACGGUCCUGCAGACGUCGUCGAAGUUUUACGCGGCGCAACAAAGAGAACUUUUACCACACUUCCCUCUCAGCCAUCUGAGUUUGCAUCCCGCACCGCUGCUCACUUGAGGGCCAUGCAGGCCAUGUCUUACUUCCACUUGCAAGAACAGAAACAAACGAGCUCAGGAUUGAGGCCAAGCUGGAACCCAUCUCCACUGUCGUCUAUUCCCCCCUUACAGGUCCGGUACUCUGGCAAGCAGCGGGGAAUUCUCGGCAUUCUACUUUACGACUACCAGUCUCCAUCUGAACUGCUCUCGGAGGCAAUCAAUGGAAUGAUCCUUGCUGCGGUGGAUGUGGAGGAUCCCAGAGCAUUCCGCAAUCUUGCCAACACUACACAGCUGCCAGUGGAUAGCGCCGACAAUGGCAGGUAUUCUGAAGGCUUUAUUUCAAGGACGGCGGAAGGCUUGCCGUAUAUCCCAAAUGCCAACGACAUCACUCUCGACCCGUGCUUCUCUCGCACCAUUGGCCUCGUUCUCAUCCGAGGUAUCGAUACUACUACCCAAACACUUCAAAUUCUUACGCCUAUCCCGCUACAGACAAUAGAGCAGAUACGCUCCCAAGGCCGACAUAUCGUGCUCGUUCAUGGAAAAUUCGAUGCGCCGACAUGGGCAUACACAGAAGACCUGUAUGAGCGCUCCCGUCAGGAAGACGUGAACGCGGACAAGCCUCUUGAAAUAGCGAGCGAAGAUCCAAAUGAGGAUGAAGACAUGACCGAAGAUGUGGACGAAGAGGAAGCCUCAGCUGAAUCUGAGGCUCCUUCAGACCCAAAUGCCGGCUCCUCUUCCGCCCUCCCCUGGGUCGAGGUGCUCCGCGGCAGCCAAAAGCGGCCAGUCGGCUCGCGCGUGUGGAGAGUGCGGAGAGACUUGGGCCGCAACGUCGGCGGUGACUGA